CAUUAUUGUAGAGCUCCACGCUCAGACGUACACGGCCGGACGAACAACCAAUGGCGAGGCCGCACGCCGUGGUGGUGCCGCACCCAAGCUCAGGUAACAUCAACCCGGCGCUCCAGUUGGCCAAGCUGCUUCACCAACACGGCGUCUACAUCACCUUCGUCAACACCGAGCACAAUCACCGCGUCAUGGAGACCACGGAGGGCGCCACCGCGGUGCGUGGCCACGAGGGGUUCCGUUUCGAGGCGAUCCCCGACGGGCUCGUGGAAGCUGACCGUGAUCGGGACGGCGUGGACUACGACCUCAGGCUGUCUGCCGCCACGAGCCAGCGGUGCGCUGAGCCGCUGAAGGAGCUUCUGCUGCGGCUGAACGGCACCGCGGGCGUGCCACCGGUGACGUGCGUGCUGCCGACGGCGCUGAUGAGCUUCGCGUUGGAUGUUGCGCGGGAGCUGGGCGUGCCGAGCAUGGUGCUCUGGUGCUGUAGCGCCGCAUCGCUCAUGACCGAGAUGCGACUCCGGGAGCUAAAGGAAAGAGGCUAUGUGCCACUCAAAGAUGAGAGCUGCUUGACGAACGGAUACCUCAGUAGGACGCUCAUCGACUGGAUCCCUGGCAUGCCGCCGAUCAGGCUCGGGGACAUGUCCAGCUUCGUCCGCACAACCGACCCGGACGAUUUUGGCCUCCGUUUCAGCAUGGCGGAGGCCAAUGGCUGCACCAAGGCCGGCGUGCUUAUCCUCAACACCUUCGAUGACCUAGAAGCCGAAGUCCUCGCCGCCCUCCGCGCCGAGUACCCGCGCAUGUACACCGUCGGUCCCCUAGGUCCCCUCCUCAACAACCACCUUAGGGACGACGGUGCAUCCGGCACCGCCAGCGGCCUGAGCCUGUGGAAGCAGGACAACGAGUGCCUCGCGUGGCUGGACACGCAGAAACCGGGCUCCGUCGUGUACGCCAACUUUGGCAGCCUCACGGUCCUUUCCACCGACCAGCUCGCCGAGUUCGCGUGGGGACUCGCGGCCAGCGGCCACCCGUUCAUCUGGUCCAUAAGGGACAACCUUGUCCCCGGCGCCGGCGCUGGCUUGAGCUCGCUACCGGCGGAGUUCGUCGCGGCAACGGCAGGACGGUGCUGCCUGACAACAUGGUGCCCGCAGGAUCAGGUGCUAGGCCAUCCGUCGGUGGGGUGUUUCCUGAGCCAUAACGGAUGGAACUCCACCUGCGAGGGUGUGGCCGCCGGCGUGCCGAUGGUGUGCUGGCCGGGGUUCGCCGACCAGUACACCAACUGCAAGUACGCCUGCGAGGUGUGGGGCGUGGGCCUCCGGCUUGACGAAGAGGUGGGGAGGGAGCAGGUGGCUAGCCACGUCAGGCAUGCGAUGAAGGCGGCGGAGAUGCGGGAGAGCGCGGCUGGGUGGAAGGCCAAGGCGGAGGAGGCCGUGGCGCCCGGCGGGGUGUCGUGGGAGAACCUGCGGAGCAUGGUCAGAGAGCUCGGCCCUGUCAAUAUUGUUGAAGCCUGAGGAGUUCGACUGUUCCCACUACAGGAAAAUCACGUUUUACCAUGUGGCAAGCUAUAAAUCGUGUUUUUUUUUCGGAUACUCGGCUUAUUUGAAUAUAAGCCGUGUACACAAGCAAAAACACCCGGUAAAAACAACGCACUCGGCUUAUGCUAUCAUAUAAGCCGAGUGUCCGGAAAAAGCUCUCGGCUUAUAGUUUUCACACGGUAUAUAUGAAAAAAGCACUCGGUUUA